UUCUGCUUGGCUUUUCUCAGUUUUGUCUGUGUCUGUGUGUCUGCGCGUUUUUUUUUUUCAAUUCACAUUUUUUGCUAUUGAUUCACACCUAGCUAACGUCGGGAUUUUGUACGAGGCGUCGCGAUAACGAAUCUGAUAAACCGUACGUAAUUUUUUCUACGGUCUAGUUGCUUAUCAGAAAUUACAGCUGCCGCACGUUUUCUUUGGGUGUGCGUGUUUUCAACUCGAUCGCUUCGUUGCUGUAUUGACGUGUUCCUUUACUCAUGGAUGACGAUACGAUAGCAUUUGGAGAAGAAGAUGCAGUACAAAAAGGACAGCUUACGCAUCCAUAUGUUACUUUUUUUCAUUUAGCGUUUCGAGUGACAGCCAUAGCUACCUAUAUGUUAUGUGGUUGGUUUUCAAAUAGUUUUAUAGCUAGUUUUGUAUCUGUUAUACUUUUACUAUCAAUGGAUUUUUGGACUGUCAAAAAUAUUACUGGAAGAUUAAUGGUAGGCCUUAGAUGGUGGAAUUAUGUCGAUGACAAUGGUGUCAGUCACUGGGUUUUUGAAUCCAGAAAGGGCGCUCAACAGAACCGAAUCAAUCCUUCUGAAUCCAGAAUAUUCUGGAUGGCAUUGAUUCUAUCACCAAUACUUUGGGGAAUAUUUGUAUUGGUUGCAUUAUUUGGAUUAAAACUGAAAUGGAUGCUUCUAGCUGUAAUUGCUUUGAUUCUUAAUGGAGCUAAUCUCUAUGGCUACUUUAAAUGUAAGAUGGGUGGAGAUAAAGAUAUUUCAUCUGCAACUUCAGAUUUUUUCAAAAAACAAGUCAUACAAAAUAUGGCAACCAUGAUGACUAGGAGCCCCCCAAAUGCAGGAAAUAUGAAUCAGCCUACCAAUAUAAUUUAGACUAAUUUGUGAUAUUAAUUUAAUUUACUUGUGUGUAAGUCUAUGAAUGUUUUGUACAAAAUGAACUGUUUAAAUAAAUUUAUAUUAAUUAGUAUUUUUUUAAA